UCAAAGACCCCAAAUGGAACCAUUUUAUUCCAUCUAAAAAACCCACAAAAAUCUCACCUAUUCGUCAUUCAUAUUAUAGGAUUUACUCUCAUUCCUUCAUCCCCAACUGUGAAUUUUGUGCUACUGAGUUCUGAUAUCUUGGUGGUUCGAUGGUUUUCUUGUGCUGGGCUCGGCCAUCUCCUCAAGAACAGAAGGCGUGCAUCGACAAGUCUGGUGACUUCAACUAUGACAGUAAAUACAGAGGAGCUUCAGCUAAGCCCCUGUCUUCUCUUCAAGAGGAUAGGGAGCUCUCAAAAGAUGGUUUCUCGGUAAACCACGCUCGCAAUUUGGUGGGUUCAGGUCUUGAGACUUAUGAAAAGGGCAAGAUUGCUCUGCAAAGUUGGAGGCAUUUUGGUUUGAAUUGGGCAUUUGUUGACCCCAAGGUUCCAAUUCGAAGUGGGGUGAAGUUCUGUGUUUGUGUGAAGGAAUUUUUCCCAUGGCUCAUGAUGCCUCUGCAGGUAGUUUACGUUAAUGAGAACAGAAACGCUAACAAGGCUAUGGCUUCGUUCAGUUUCGGUGGUGGUACCCUUCAGGGACACCUACUGUUUGCUUUCUGUGUAAAUGGUGUAUCUGAGAAUAUUUGGGAUUAUGAUCUUGGUUUCGAUAUUGAUGUUGUACCAUCAAUUGAAGUUUGGAUGGUCUAG